AUGACGAUCGACAACGAUACUCGAGGAUGGAUCAUGACAUGCAUCAGCGGCGUGGCGUGUGUCAUCGGUGCUGCGAUCAUCUGUGUUGACAUCCCGCUCCGCCAAAUCCCCUCUUACCGGAACUUCUCCAUCACCGAAAGCGAUGCUUUUCUUUCGGCCUCACUUAGCCUGAGUUUUGGAGUCAUGCUCUUUUCUUCCCUCUACUCCAUGCUUCCCCAGGCAAAGACCUACCUCAAGGAUGCCGGCUAUUCUCCCCCGGCUGCUUCAUACCUGCUAAUUGGUCUAUUCCUGGUCGGAGUAGUAGGCAUUCAGCUUGCCUCCCGUGUCAUACAUAAUUAUAUUCCCUCACAUGUCGUCGACUGCGAUCACACCCAUGACGAUGAGGAAGUCGCAGCUAAAGACCAAGAAGAGAUGUCUCAACAUGGGCACGAUGACGAGCAUACGAAUGGCUUGCCUAUCACGAGAUAUUGCUCCGAGCCACCUCCGGAUGACGAAGAUACCCCCCUAUUGGCCAGGACAGCAAGCUUUAGUCCUACGAAGCCUCAGAACCGGCAGCCAUAUGAACAAGACCAGAAUGGGGACCACGAGCAAGUGUUUCGCACCGCUCCCACCUCCAGACGGCCUUCCAUGAUGCCUAGAAAUCUCACGUGGACUCUGUCGAAAUAUGUGGGAGGUACAAAAGAUAAUUGCGACGCAUCUGGACCCUGCAUGGGCUUUUCGGAUCCAUGCGGACAGGACUGCUUUAAAGUGGUUCAGAGACGUGGGUCGGUUCUGCCUGGUCAUGGCAGUCCGUUCGCACGUGCACCAACCUGGCGGAGUCAAGCCGAUAUCCGCAUCGAGCCCGCAGUGGAGGAAGCAGAAGAGGAGGAUCACUUGGCCAAUGGUGCACCUCUGACAGAAGCCCAUACCCAUGACGGCAUCAAAUCUAGCACACGUUCACGGUCGACCACGCACCAUUAUCACCACGCUGAGCAUCAACAUCUCGGAUCUGUACAUACUCAUCGACGGGCAUCCGAACAAACACAGUCGGUGGGCAAAGAACAUCACCAUCAUGUCCCGACCAAUGCUUUCAUGUCCAUUGGCCUACAAACCUCAGUGGCCAUCGCCCUGCACAAAGCCCCUGAGGGAUUCAUCACAUAUGCCACAAACCACGCCAACCCAACCCUGGGUUUCGCAGUUUUUAUGGCACUCUUCAUUCAUAACAUUACCGAGGGCUUCGCCAUGUCACUUCCUCUUUAUCUUGCCCUCGGGUCUAGAUUCAAGGCGAUAGCUUGGUCAUCAUUUUUGGGAGGUGCAUCGCAACCAAUUGGCGCCGCAGUUGCAGCUCUCUGGUUCAAGCUGGCCAAGCAAAGUAAUUUUGGGGCUCCUACAGAAGGCGUGUACGGAGGGCUAUUCAGUAUCACGGCAGGAAUUAUGGCCUCGGUGGCCUUGAGCCUUUUUGCCGAAAGUCUUCAGCUCAGUCACAACAAGAGUACGUGCAUAGCAUUCGCGUUCUUGGGCAUGGGCAUUCUGGGGGUCAGCUUUGCGCUGACGGCAAAAUAA